UGCUGUGGGGAAUAUAUUUUCCAAUGUUGAUGAAAAAGUAGUUGAAACCAUUACCAAUUCCUAUCCCUAUUGCCUAUAAAGAAAUCGCUUUUGUCAGCAGUGGUGCAUUUUUUGUUAUUGUUUACUAUAACAAGUUCUUCUUGAGGGGUCGUCGGUUUUCAGGUGAAUGGAUAUCCAAACGCAAGGCAAGGAGCUGGGGCCAUUGAGUGUGACAAUAAUUGUUGAGAGCCAAUACCCCUCCAUUAUAAUUAUAUAAGCUUCUGCUUCAAAAGGGGAAAAUUGCCAUCUAAGUUUGGUUGACAAAUAAAACUACUUCUUGUCUGGUUAGACGACAUAGAACAGAAGCAGCUGAGGUUUCCCUAUUCUCUUAACAUUAUUUUGGGAAAAUGGGAGAUUUGAUCGGUCCAAGGUUGUACAGCUGCUAUAAAUGCAGAAACCCUGUUGCUCUUCAUGAUGAUAUCGUUUCAAAAGGAUUUCAGUCGAAAAACGGUAGAGCCUUUCUAUUUUCUCAUGCACAUAAUGUCUUAACGGGUCCAAAGGAGGAUCGGCAGCUGAUGACCGGUUUGCACAGGGUGGCCGACAUCCACUGUGUAGACUGCCGGGAGGUGUUGGGGUGGAAGUAUGAGAAAGCGUACGAAGAGUCACAAAAGUACAAGGAAGGAAAAGUAGUGCUCGAAAAGUAUAAAAUUGUGAAAGAAAAUUGGUAGCUACCUAUCCAAUGUUGAAAAGGGCAGGAGCCUAUCUCUGUGUUAAUUUGAUAGCUGAAGUCCAGUUCUUGUGAUGUACAAAAGAAACAAGUGAUUGGUGGAGGAGAAAAAAGAAUGUUUGGUAGCUUAUAAUCUCUGUGAAAAAGGAAAUGUAAUUGUAAAGAUUUGAAUUAUGUAAAUAAAAAAAAGUGUUGUGUGA